AUGAGGCAAGACAGACUGACAAGUUCCCUGAGGCGAGGGGGAAGGUGUUUAAAGCGGCAAAACACCGGCGGAGAUGGCAGCGUGAGUACCAUCCUGAGUAACGUGUUGAAGAAAAGGAGCUGCAUAUCUCGAACUGCGCCUCGCCUUCUGUGCACUUUGGAGCCGGGAGUGGACACAAAGUUGAAGUUUACACUUGAGCCAUCAUUAGGUCGGAAUGGUUUUCAACAGUGGCAUGAUGCUCUCAAAGCAGUGGCUAGGCUGUCAACAGGAAUUCCAAAGGAGUGGAGAAGAAAGGUUUGGCUCACCUUGGCAGAUCACUAUUUAAAGAGUAUAGCGAUUGACUGGGAUAAAACUAUGCGUUUCACUUUCAAUGACCAAAGUAAUCCUGAUGAUGAUUCCAUGGGAAUACAGAUUGUGAAGGAUCUUCAUCGAACUGGGUGCAGUUCUUAUUGUGGCCAAGAGGCAGAACAAGACAGAGUGGUAUUGAAAAGAGUGUUGUUGGCUUAUGCCAGGUGGAAUAAAUCCGUAGGAUAUUGUCAAGGUUUUAACAUCCUUGCUGCUCUCAUCCUGGAAGUAGUAGAAGGCAAUGAGGGAGAUGCGUUAAAGAUAAUGAUUUACUUAAUCGAUAAAGUACUGCCUGAUAGCUAUUUUGUCAAUAAUCUGAAAGCACUGUCUGUUGACAUGGCAGUGUUCCGAGAUCUUCUGAGAAUGAAACUUCCCAAGUUGUCCCAGAAUUUGGAUACUCUCCAAAGAGCUACCAACAAGGAAAGUGGAGGUGGGUAUGAACCCCCACUUACAAAUGUCUUCACUAUGCAGUGGUUCCUGACCCUGUUUGCUACAUGCCUUCCUAACCAUUCAGUUUUAAAAAUUUGGGAUUCUGUAUUCUUUGAGGGGUCAGAAAUUAUACUGAGAGUAGCACUGGCUAUUUGGGCAAAACUUGAAGAGCAGAUCAAUUCUUGUGAAACUGCAGAUGACUUCUAUGGCACCAUGGGAAAAUUAACGCAGGAGAUGCUGGAAGAUAAACUCAUUGAUAGCAAUGAACUCAUGCAGAUGGUUUAUUCUAUGGCCCAGUUCCCCUUCCCUCAGCUAUCUGAAUUAAGGGAGAAAUAUACAUAUAACAUUACACCAUUUCCUCCUACGGUAAAAUCAACUGCAAGCCGACUGGGAAAAAUAAAAGACAGUGAUGAAGAGAAUGAAAUAGGUGAUGAAGACUCUAUAGCAAAUGUUAUUGGAUGUCUUGGAUCAUUUAGUGGAUUUUUGGCUCCAGAACUACAGAACUAUCAAAAGCAUUUCAAAGACUAUAAUCAAGAGCAGAGUUCAGGCUCGAGUAACAUUGCAGAAUUAAGUCCUGGUGCAAUAAAUGCUUGCCGAAAUGAAUAUCAUGCAGCUUUUAAUAGUAUGAUGAUGGAACGUAUGACCACUGACAUCAAUGCAUUGAAAAGACAGUAUUCUCGUAUAAAAAGGAAGCAGCAACAGCAGGUUCAUCAUGUGUACAUCACAGCAGAUAAAGGUCCAGUUACCAGUCUUAUGCCUUCUCAGGUAAAUCAUUCUUCAGUAAUCAACCAUCUUCUGCUGGGGAAAAAGAUCAAACAAACCAGCAAGUCUGCCAAAAACAAUGUUCCAAGCCACACUGGGGGAAAGAUGUUACCAGAUCCGCAUGAAGAUAUUAAAGCAAAGCUAAACUCUCCAUGGCGCACUCACAUGAGGGUACACCGAAAGAACAUAGAGCGAGCCAAAGGCCAUCUGGGCUACGGAGAUACAAUAGGACUAAUAGAGGAGCAUAGUGAAUGUGGGAAAGCUAGUAGUAUUAAUACAAAAGAAGAAACUCCAAAUAAAUCUAAAACCGUGGAAGGUGAUGGGAACCUUUCAACAGAUGGACAAUCUCCUGAACCAACUUAUAAAAAUAUCAAUUCCAAUGCCAACGUAUCAGUAGUCCAGCAGAAGUUGGAAACCUUGGAACUUACACAGAAUAGUAGAGAUGGUACUGAAGACAAAACACACAGUUAUGAAUUGCCAAGUUUAGCCAAUGACAGUGGAAUAGUGACAAAAUCCUGCACGCCUAGGCCACAAGUCUUUUGUCCUUUCCCUAGUGUCAAGCCACUCAGAAAAUCAGCUGCAGCCAGAAAUCUAGGAUUGUAUGGCCCAAAUGAAAGAACCCCAACUGUACACUUUCCACAAAUGAGUAGGAGCUUUAAUAAGCCUACAAGUGGUAACAGUGGGUCUAAAAAACGAUGAUAUGUAAAACAACUGGCACUUUAUUAUAAUUGUUACAGUUACCAUUAAGCCUACCAUUAUGCU